AUGCUUCUAUAUGCUUUGAUAAUCGAAAUUGCGAUUUUGAUGCUUUAUAACAACAAUAUCAAAAAUGCUGUUUCAUCUGUGAUGCCUGCGGGCGGGUGGGUCGAAGGUCGACGUGUACUUCUGUGGGCCAGCCCGGCCGAUGUAUAG